GCCUGGGCGUGCGGAGCGCGCGCGCGGCUCGGAGGCGCACCUGUGAGGUGUCCCCGGAGAAGAGGGAGGUGGGUGCGCGGAGCCCGCGGCCUGGGGCGCUCGCUGCCCUCACUUGGACCCCUUCCGUCCCGGCAGAGGCAGACGGGCAUCCCACUCAGGUGAUGAGGAGCCCUUCGCGCACCCAGCGCGGAAGCCUGCUGCCGCCGGACGCCUCCAUUGUUUGACCACAAGGGCCGGAUUCUCACCCAGCAGGAUCCUAAGGCUUUUGUAGCCCUUCAGCCACUGUGGGCCCUGUCUCUGCCUCUUCUUCUGGAAUGUUUUGGGGGUUUGGACUUCUGUCACUGUGACUUGCAAAUCCAAGAGACACAUCUUUCUGGAAGAUAAGAGAGCAUCUUCCUCAAAAUCAGAGAAGGACACUGGUGUGAUACCUAUGCAGGCACUUCCCUGAAGCAAGGCUCACCACACCUGGCCCCAAGGAGCCUGUUUCCUGGAAAGGCUUCCUGUCUGAUGUGCAGGGGUCAGGAUGCCGUACUGACUGCUCAGGGGCUGGCUGCAGAGGCUCAGGACCCACCAGCGGGAUCUCACCCUCAGGCACAGGGGACACACUGUACAGUCCUUUUUCUAGAAGUGAGAAGUACAAGAUUACUGUGCAAGAAGAAGAUUCCAGGGGCUUGAAAAGGCAAAGGUUUGCACCUUGGGAGCCCCUUGGAAUGUUGACAACUCAGGAUCUAAAACGAAGUUCUACGUUAAUGAAUUAUAAAAUUCAUGUGGAAGUAAAUGUCACUUUAUAAUCAAUAAUAGUACUGAGUGAGGAACACUAUGCAGGAAGAAACCUUCCAUAGAAAGACAGGCAGGGAAAAGCUUAGGCUGACCUUGAACUUACCUAACAGAGCGAGCCUGAGAUAGACUGCCAAGAUGGCCAAAUAAGAGACUGUACGAAGUAACAAUUCUGUAACUAUAGUAGUUGUAAGGAAGUUUUCUCCUCCAAAUCACGAUACCAAAUAGGAAAAAUGAUCUACAAGUGCCCCAUGUGUAGGGAAUUUUUCUCUGAGAGAGCAGAUCUUUUUAUGCAUCAGAAAAUUCACACAGCUGAGAAGCCCCAUAAAUGUGAUAAGUGUGAUAAGGGUUUCUUUCAUAUAUCGGAACUGCAUAUUCACUGGAGAGACCACACAGGAGAGAAGGUGUAUAAAUGUGACGAUUGUGGUAAGGAUUUUAGCACUACAACAAAGCUUAAUAGACACAAGAAAAUCCACACAGUGGAGAAGCCCUAUAAAUGUUACGAGUGUGGCAAAGCCUUCAAUUGGAGCUCCCAUCUUCAGAUUCAUAUGCGAGUUCACACAGGAGAGAAACCCUAUGUCUGUAGUGAGUGUGGAAGGGGCUUUAGUAAUAGUUCAAACCUUUGCAUGCAUCAGAGAGUCCACACCGGAGAGAAGCCCUUUAAGUGUGAAGAGUGUGGCAAGGCCUUCAGGCACACUUCCAGCCUCUGCAUGCAUCAGAGAGUCCACACGGGAGAGAAACCCUAUAAAUGUUAUGAGUGUGGGAAGGCCUUCAGUCAGAGUUCCAGCCUCUGCAUCCACCAGAGAGUCCACACUGGAGAGAAACCCUAUAGAUGUUGUGGGUGUGGGAAGGCCUUUAGUCAGAGUUCCAGCCUCUGCAUCCACCAGAGAGUCCACACGGGAGAGAAACCUUUUAAAUGUGAUGAGUGUGGGAAGGCCUUCAGUCAGAGUACAAGCCUCUGCAUCCACCAGAGAGUCCACACAAAGGAGAGAAACCAUCUCAAAAUAUCAGUUAUAUAAAACAUUUUGCUAAGAGUUAAAAAUCUUAAAACCCAUAAGUGCCACUAGGAAGGAAACCCUGUAUAUACCUACAUUGACCCAAGAGAUAUUUACAGCAGUCCCUAGGAGAACGUUCUUUUUGAUGAGGCAUACCUGAGGUUGAUUUUUUGAUUCAUGCCAGGUGCGUUCCACAACUUGACUUUGGAGACGGCCUCCGAAUGUCUGCCCAAGACGGGCUGCCAGGUCCCAGUCGUGGAUUCUGGCACAAUGCCUCCAUAGUUGAAAUGCUACACAGAAAACCAUGGUCAUUGCCUGGCAUCCCGAGUCACCUUCUAUCUAUGCUUUACAUGAAAGUUUUCCCAGAUGACCCCCUUCAGGAGCUCACGCCCUUCCUUCCUCUUGAUUCCGCACACUGGUGAUGCAUUUGAAAACGGACAGCUCCCACGAAGAUAAGUGUUCUGGCAUUUCUGAGGUUACCACUUGGUUUAUCUUUGCAUACAUCCCUGUGUAUCUUUCCAUAAAUCCUAUUGUUUCUGAAUCCACUUUACCUCUAUGUCCUCAAAAUGCCCGUAAAUAUCCACCCCUUCCUAGAUGGCAUUAAAUCUCACUUUAGAUUUUAGGUGACUCAUAACAUCCAUUCAUUGGCCUGUCAGAAAAAUCACUGGCAGACAUACAUGCCCUUGAACUUUUCUUGAAUGUUUUUUAUUUUUGUGGAUUCUGCUAAUCACUGUGUCUCCAUGUUAGUCAGACUUAGUUUCUAGUGGCCGCAUCACAUAUUUUUAACUUGAAUUUUUUUGGAAAUAGCUGAAUGUAAAUAGGGAGGAAGAAA